CACAACUUCAUCCCUUGACAGCUUUUGUGCACUCAACCAACCAAAUCACUCUUUUCUUUGCCAAAAGCUGAACAUUCAACAUGGCGACUAUUAUUGACAUGGCUACAAGACCAGGGAUUUUCCUCGUAAUUGGCUUUAGCGACUUGUACCAGCGGUUUUUGCUCUCAAUUCACUGCCCAAAGCUUCAGAAACGCAUAUUCUAUGUGCCUGCAACAAUGGAAGAGUUUGGGAAGACCAUUGUCACAGACUGUGAGCAUUGGCAUACCUCCAGUGUGAUCUAUGCCCGGUAUUACGAGGCCAUCGAGGAAAACCAAAUAAUGGAAGCCGUGAGAAUGGCACCAGCUACAAACUUCUUCAGCCCGUUUGAGUAUUUUGCCUGUGUGUUCAGCGACAUCAAGUACGCAUUCGACGUGGAAAAGUGCGAGAUGGCGGCCAAGCGAGCACUGAUGCGCAGAAAAAACAAGGAGGGCAUUCUGUUUGAAAUCUACUUUAGUAGUGAUGAUGACCCAGUCGAGUUUCACUAUGCGCAAGAGCAAUCAGCCUCAGCACAGUGGACUACAGCAUUCUUCAAGGACCUGAAAAAGCCAAGCAUUUGCUUAAAGAAGACCGGUGGCUUUGUGAAGAGGGGUGUGAGCAUGGUUAUGAGUAAGCUCUGAACAUGGCUCGGUUUGCCUAUAUUCUCGUCAUAGAAUGCAUCAAGUUGUUUUACUAAAUUACACACAAUUGCUGAUAUAAAAAGCAAAUCCAUACAUGAAAAUACACGCAGACCUUCACAAU